ACUUUCCGUUCAUUUCCGCCAUUGCAUCGUCUUGCCUCCAUUUUGCUCUCAUGUGUAUGUGUGCGUGCGCAGUGUCGGUGUAAACUGGAACGAAAACAGGACCGAAAGCAGAACGCACUAAGAGAUUUAUACAGAAAUGGACGGCAUCAGUGAUGUUGCAGUUGGAGUGAAGAGAGGAUCAGACGAGCUGUGCAUGUACAGCAGUCCCAACUCUGGCAUGAGCAGCAUCAGUGACGGGGCUUCCAAUGGCAGUGACAGUAAAAAGCUGAGGGUGGAGGAGUCUCCACCAUCUCGUGUGCUCCACAUCAGGAAGCUGCCCAACGAGGCUUCGGAGACGGAAGUCAUCGCCCUCGGCUUGCCUUUUGGCAAAGUCACCAACAUCCUCACACUGAAGGGAAAGAACCAGGCGUUCUUGGAGAUGGGGACAGAAGAGACAGCCGUCACUAUGGUCAACUACUACACCACUGUAACUCCUCACAUCCGCAACGUCCCCGUCUUUAUUCAGUACUCCAAUCACAAAGAACUCAAAACUGACUCUGGCAAUCAGCGGACCCAGGCGGUGCUUCAGGCGGUGUCAGCAGUCCAGUCCGGAGGGUCUCCGAGCUCUGAUGUACAGGAAGCUUUGGCUGCAGCCUCCAGCCCUGUGCUGCGGAUCAUCAUCGACAACAUGUUCUACCCUGUAACGCUGGACGUGCUGCAGCAGAUUUUCUCCAAGUUUGGCACAGUGAUGAAGAUAAUCACAUUCACCAAGAACAAUCAGUUCCAGGCUCUUCUGCAGUUCAGCGAUCCGGUCAACGCUCAGCAGGCCAAACUGGCACUGGACGGCCAGAACAUCUACAAUUCAUGCUGCACGCUGCGCAUCGACUUCUCCAAGCUGGUCAACCUAAACGUCAAGUACAACAACGAUAAGAGUCGCGACUACACGCGGCCCGAGCUGCCUGCUGGUGACGGGCAGCCCAGCCUCGACUCCACGGUGGCCGCUGCCUUCAGCAAAGACUCCAACUCCCUCCUCGGUAAGAUCCCAGGUGCCCUGAACCCUCUGAGCCUACACGUGGUCGUGGCGGCGGCGGCGGCUGCUGCUGCAGGGAGGGUAGCCCUCGCUGGACAGGCGGGCUCCAGUGGGGUCCUGCUGGUCAGCAACCUCAACGAGGAGAUGGUUACGCCCCAAAGUCUGUUUACCCUCUUCGGAGUGUAUGGUGAUGUCCAGAGGGUGAAAAUUCUUUACAAUAAGAAGGACAGCGCUCUCAUUCAGAUGUCUGACGGAAACCAGGCACAGCUGGCAAUGAGCCACUUGAAUGGCCAGAAGAUGUACGGCAAGAUCAUCCGGGUGACUCUGUCCAAGCACCAGACUGUGGCGCUGCCUCGGGACGGCCUGGACGACCAGGGCCUGACCAAGGACUUUGCCAACUCCCCGCUUCAUCGCUUCAAGAAACCCGGCUCCAAGAAUUUCCAGAACAUCUUCCCGCCGUCUGCCACCCUCCAUCUCUCCAACGUCCCACAAGAUGUGACGGAGGACGACCUGCGGCUGCUCUUCUCCAACGCUGGAGGCACCGUGAAAGCAUUCAAGUUUUUCCAGGAUCGCAAAAUGGCUCUGAUCCAGAUGUCGACCGUGGAGGAGGCCAUCCAGGCCUUGAUCGAACUUCACAACUACAACAUGGGGGGCAGCCAGCACCUGAGAGUCUCCUUCUCCAAGUCCACCAUUUAAAGCCGCGGUUGGAUGCAUCGAGGAGUCGAUCUGCUCUUGAUCCUGUCAUUCCUUGAGAGACUGAGUUUUUUUAUUUUCAAGAGAACAAUGAGUGUUGCAGAUCCUGGAUCCUCCCAGCUGUUCUUAACUGUACCUCUGUAUUUCUAUGUCGAGAACAAUCUUGACAUGAUUGAUUGUCCCCGUGUAUGAUAGUUUGAUGUAGUUUAACUCUUUAUUUAGUUGAAAAGAUACAGUACUUAUGUGCCUUACUUGACAAUAUCAACUGUUUCUACAGCUGGACAUGUUCUUGAAUUACCCUCCUAUGCUUUUGAGGCACAUUGGUAUUGGAUAUUUUUGUGGGGGGGUUAGUGAGAAUGCAAGCUGUUUCGUCAUCAUCACAGUUUCUGGAGCUCUGCCACCGACCAGGCGUAGCUUUUUAGUUGUAGAUUCAUAACGUUUCUCCCUUUUUAGUUUCGCACCAGGAAAGAAUAUUCCUGCGUCAACAUGUCAGAGUUUGACAGCUUCACUUGAAUUCCUUUAUUCCACAAGUACGUCGUAUAUCACAGCUAAGUAUUUCUUUCUCUGUGUUUUUGAAGCCUUCCAUACUUUUUCCUUAGCAGUGAGGUGUUAUAGUCAGCAUGUGUAGUAAAGACAGAGUGUUGCAUGCUGUGGAGGCAGUCAGAAGAUGAGUCCACUGUGAUUUCAUUGUCAUGUGAGCGUUUACUGGAGAGGGCUACUCAGUUGGACCAAAGUUUCUGUGCCUUUAGUGUUCCUUUAAUUCAUUUUAACAAAAAGCAUUUGAACACGCUGAGGCCCAGGAUGUGAGUUCUUGUGUUUAACUGCCCGACACCUCUCGGCUGGAGGUUAUUGCUCAGAAAUAAUAGUUAAAUGUGUAUUUCUUUUCUUUUAUACAGAUCAAAAUGUAAGGAUUUGGUAUAGUUCUGAAAGGCACAAUUAAAGGAUGGAUUAUUUUCUAACAAGGGGAGGUGCGCCUUUGUUUCCUGCUUUUUGAGUUUUCCCUCUCAUGGUCUCUCGUGUAUUCUGCAUUACGUCUGUAGCAUGCUUAAUAAAACUAUUCUGUAGCUCUGCAUCCCCUUCUCUGUCUCUCUGCUCUGUUCUGUCUGCUCUCUUCUGAAGCCAUCUUCAGUCCCAGGGUGGGAAAGAAGCCAACUUUCAUUUUGGAGCAACUAGAGAAGGAGCUCUAAUCAGCCAGAUUGAGCCUGUGAUGCUACUAAUUCACAGGACAAGAAAUGCAUUUAGUUGAUGUUUCCCACCCUGCACACUGAAUCUAUUCCUCUGAAGUCUCGCUCCUCUCUCUUCUGGUAGUUCACUAUUUUCUAAUCCGCCUCUCGGGGCCUCGCUCGCUCUCCUGACAAUCUGUCUGAUCUGUCUCCUUGCUCUCACACCUUUUUUAUCAAUUACACAAAUGGCCUCAUCUGUCAUUUUUCCAAGCUCUGCAUUUUAUGCCAGCAUUGGAGCCUCUGAGUGAAACGCUUCAGACUUCUCACCUUUCUGUCAAAAUCUCCAUGUUAAUGCAAAACUAAUGACUUUAGUCGCAGUAAGUUUUCCCGAUGUCCUCGAGAAAAAGUCGACCAUAAAUCACAUUUUAAAGCUGA